UAGCGGAUUGUCCUUAGUACUUAGCCGGGACUGUUGCUGGGAAGCGGGUGCCGGGGAGCUGUGAAGGGCGGAGAGGACAGCCAGACAUAGGCAGGGAGCUCUCCGCAGCCCGAUGCCCGCGCUGGGCGCACCGUGUCAGGCAGGAGGAACAGGCCGUAGGGCCGGUGGAAUGGAGCCGCGGGUGUUUGAGCUUUUCGGGCCAGGAGCCAGCGGGGCAACCAGAGGGAGAGCCGGCACCAAGGGCAAGAAAGGCAGAGGACGGAGCAGCAAGAGCAAUAACCCGCCCUACCUUCCCCCAGAGGCGGAGGAGGGGAACAUAGAAUACAAGCUAAAACUGGUCAAUCCCUCUCAGUAUCGCUUUGAGCACCUUGUGACUCAGAUGAAGUGGCGGCUGCAGGAGGGGCGUGGGGAAGCCGUGUACCAGAUUGGGGUGGAGGACAAUGGGCUCCUCGUGGGACUUUCUGAGGAGGAGAUGAGGGCGUCAAUGCACACACUGCACCGCAUGGCAGAAAAAGUGGGAGCCGAUCUCACUGUUCUGCGUGAGAGAGAGGUGGAUUAUGACGGUGACUCUCCGAAAAAGAUAACUGAAGUUCUCAUCCGCAAGGUCCCCGACAACCAACAGUUCUUGGAUCUUCGAGUGGCCGUACUAGGUAAUGUGGAUUCUGGGAAGUCUACUCUGCUAGGUGUGCUGACACAGGGAGAGCUGGACAACGGGCGAGGCCGGUCCAGGCUUAACCUAUUUCGUCAUCUCCACGAGAUACAGUCUGGUCGGACAUCCAGUAUCAGCUUUGAGAUCCUGGGUUUCAACAGCAAAGGAGAGGUGGUGAAUUACAGUGAGUCGCGCACCGCUGAACAAAUUUGUGAAAGUGCCUCUAAGAUGAUCACAUUUAUAGACCUCGCCGGGCACCACAAAUACUUGAAGACGACCAUUUUUGGACUGACCAGCUACUGCCCAGACUUUGCCAUGUUAGUGGUCAGCGCAAACACUGGUAUUGCUGGCACAACGCGAGAGCAUCUCGGUUUGGCCAUGGCACUGAAGGUCCCAUUCUUUCUGGUGGUCAGUAAAGUAGACCUGUGCUCUGCAGCCACGGUGGAGCGCACACUCCGGCAGCUGGAGCGCACACUGAAGCAGCCUGGGUGCAACAAGGUGCCAUUUAUGGUGCGCACAGAGGAUGAUGCAGUCACAGCCGCCCAGCAGUUUGCCCAGUCACCAAAUAUUACGCCGAUCUUUGCCCUCUCCAGUGUUACGGGGGAGUCUCUGGACCUGUUGAAAGUUUUCCUGAAUAUCCUGCCCCCCCUCACUAACAGCUGCGAGCAAGAAGAACUCAUGCAGCAACUUCCAGAGUUCCAGGUGGAUGAGAUUUAUACAGUGCCUGAAGUUGGCACUGUGGUGGGCGGGACACUGUACAGUGGGGUGUGCAAGGAAGGCGAACGUCUAGUGGUUGGUCCCACAGACGGAGGCGUUUUUCUGCCACUAAAGGUUUGCAGUAUACAGAGGAAUCGAUCUGCGUGCCGGGUGCUUCGUGCUGGACAAGCUGCAACACUAGCGCUGGGAGCCUUUGAUCGCUCUUUGCUACGAAAGGGCAUGGUGCUGGUCAGUCCGGAGUUGCACCCUACCGUGUGUUGGGUAUUUGAGGCUGAGAUUGUGCUGCUGUUUCAUGCGACCUCAUGCCGGCGUGGGCUGCAGGUGACAGUGCACGUGGGUAACGUCCGACAGACGGCUGUGUUGGAGCACAUACAUGGCAAGGACGAGUUGCGGACAGGUGAAAAGGCUGUGGUGCGUUUCCGUUUCAUCAAACACCCAGAGUACCUGAAGCCUGGGACCAAGCUCUUGUUUAGAGAGGGCGUCACCAAAGGCAUCGGGCAUGUGUGCAGCCUGCAAGUUAUCGCCACAGAGACUGGGGGACCCUGAUGCCAGCACAUAAGCUCCAACACCUAUACCAAAACACCAGCCAAGGAGCACAACUCCUGCUCUACACUGUUCUCCGGCAUAAACUCUCACUAGUUUGACAUCCGGAGAACAAUGUCAUCUCUCUCCAAACAUCUGCCCUUCUCACCUGCCUUCUGCUCUUAAUCAUGGUUUAUAAACCUCUCCCCCUAGUUUUAACACUUGCUCAAAAUGUAUCUUUUAUAUAAGCAGAAACUUUUACACAUUUUUAAGGUUACUUUUUUACCCCUCCCCCAAAAAACUUUUAAAAAUCCCGUCUUACCCUUAACUUAUCUUACCCAUCAGCCUGUAAUGUCAAGACGUCCCUCUGCCCUUUGUGCCUCCUCUACAGGGGUUAAUACUUUGUAAACAUUUUAGAUGAAAUCAGCUUGUCCUAUCUAUUGGCUCACUGUCAGAUCAACACUCUCGGUGUAGGAUGCUGUUGGAAAGGGUCCGAGGCAACAUAAAAGCUGCGUGUUUGGAGAGGAGCAGAUUGAAAUUGUUCUGCUAAAAUCAAGAAGCUUGUCUCCCCUGUAGAAUGUGUAUCAAUUAGAUUCACAAUUAGGAAACAGAUGCGCAGAUAUACACAAAUGUGUACCAUUGAUAAUGGGGGUCAAUAUGCUUCCAGAGGUAAACUUAUCUAGCAACCUUCUUCCCAACACAAACAUCCUUUUCUCCAAAGACAGACCGUUAGGUAAUGCUUAAGGGGUUAAUCAAACGAGGUAUUUAAUGUCUCCCUAAGCCAAUGAGAGAAGGAUGUUGUGUGCGAGACAUUGUGACAUGCCCAGCAAAUACAGAUUACAGCUCUGGUAGUCUCUCCCCAGUCAUGAGUCUGUGCCUGAGUAGUAUUAUAUAGUAGUGCCGAGUACACCAUAAGAUUAUAAGGGACUAAAACUCUACAAAAUGCUAUUUUAUUUUGCAAAUGAAAGAGCACAAUUUUAAAUGUGUAUAAUACGUACAGUAUACAGAGUAUUCAUAUAAGUAGUGCACGGCUAAUCUGUAGGAUGGAAGUUUACUGGCUGAUAAACCUUUCCAGAGCGUUACUGAGAUACGGGGGCGCCCCACAAGAACGACAAAUGUUUAAUUUUUAUUUCAGGAACACCUGUUUAAUAUGUAGUAGUAGUAGUUUUUUUUUUUUUUUUUUUUUUUUUUAAACACCCUCCUUUCGUGUCCCAUUAAGUCUACUGGUUAUGCAGUACACAGUGCUCAGGCCAUGCUCCCAGCCGUGUGACUAAAUAUGUUUCCACGUAUAUUACCAGCUCUGGGAACACCAUAUGAGACCGUCCCUACUGCUGUCAGCCAAUUAAGUACACUCACCUUUGGGGAAUUAUCUAUCUAGUAAUCUGUAGGGUUUGCCAGGAGCAAUGUAUGUGUGUAAUCUGCGCUCCAGCACUGUUGCCUUCCUCGCUCUCUGUCUGAGGUUUAUGUGCAUAUUGUAUGUAUUUGAGUGUUUAUAGUUUUUUUGCACGUAAUGUACAGAAUAAAAUGGUUUACUGAA